GAAAUAGUGCCACCAGUGGCCGUGGACGUCCGUCGGAACGCAUUUUACCCCCAUCUUGGCAACAGCGAUAGUGGUGGAGAUGCAGGCGACUCCCCAUGCGACCGUAACACAACCUAUACUACCACCUUGCAGGCCUACUUGAACUGUCUCAGUCAGCAGCAGCAGGUUCCACAAACGGCACCUUCACCACCACUUACUUACUACACCGAACCCCGCUCCUCCCAUCAGCGCCCUUCUAUCUUGCCCCCAUCCUCUUCUCCAUCUUGCGUCGUUACACCUCCACGUCAACUCUAUUCGCCCAAAGCAGCACCUCUGGAGCAGAACGGCCAUGACUCUCUUUCACCUCGUCCACCGCGCUCCGUCUCAGCCGGUUACAAUGGCAAUGGGCGCCGUAUUCAGCGAGCUCCCGCCUGCCGUCUCAUCUCAAACCCUUAUCAGCCCACCCGAGUGGUCAACAAUGACACCCCAGUCUUCUCAUUCUCUGCCUCAAAGAAGACCAUGGCUGCUCAGCCUCUGGUUUCUACUCCCAAUUCUACUGACAGUACUUCUGGGAGAGCCUCGGAAAGCGAGGUACAGGAGUACCAUCACGAGUACUUUUGGUAUGCCCACCAGCAGCCGAAUCCGCCGUCCUCGUGA